AUGACGCGGGCGAGGGUGGUGUGGCGCCCCACCGCGGUCCUCCUCCUUGCGGUCGCUUCCCUCUCUUGUGUCCUCUCGCCGCCGCGGGUCUCCGCAGCUGCGGGGGCAGAGGUGGCCGGCGGGGUGGCUCGUCGGAACACCGAGCGCAUCGCAGGAAGUGCUGGUGAUGUGCUAGAGGACAAUCCUAUUGGAAGGUUGAAGGUUUACAUCUAUGACUUGCCAAGCAAGUACAACAAGAGGAUUGUCACCAAGGAUCCACGAUGCCUCCAUCACAUGUUUGCUGCUGAGAUAUUCAUGCAUCGUUUCUUGCUCUCUAGUGCGGUGCGAACACUCAAUCCAGAAGAAGCUGAUUGGUUCUACACGCCAGUUUACACUACAUGUGAUCUUACUCCUGCUGGACUUCCACUGCCGUUCAAAUCCCCAAGGAUGAUGAGAAGUGCAAUCCAGUUUAUUUCAAACAAGUGGCCUUUCUGGAACAGAACUGAUGGAGCUGAUCACUUCUUUGUUGUUCCACAUGAUUUUGGUGCAUGCUUUCACUAUCAGGAAGAAAAAGCUACCGAACGUGGAAUUCUUCCAAUGCUCCGCCGUGCUACAUUGGUCCAAACAUUUGGACAGAAGAACCAUGUCUGCCUGAAAGAGGGUUCUAUCAUUAUACCGCCAUAUGCACCUCCACAGAAAAUGCAGGCUCACUUGGUUCCCCCUGAAACUCCCCGUUCAAUCUUUGUUUACUUCAGGGGACUGUUUUAUGACAAUGGUAAUGACCCUGAGGGUGGGUAUUAUGCGAGAGGUGCCCGAGCAUCACUGUGGGAGAACUUCAAGAACAAUCCUCUCUUUGAUAUCUCCAAAGAUCACCCUAUCACUUACUAUGAAGAUAUGCAGCGCGCAGUCUUCUGCUUGUGCCCACUGGGAUGGGCACCAUGGAGCCCAAGGCUGGUGGAGGCCGUGGUUUUCGGCUGCAUUCCAGUCAUCAUAGCUGAUGACAUUGUUCUACCAUUUGCUGAUGCUAUCCCAUGGGAGGAGAUUGGUGUUUUUGUCGACGAAGAGGAUGUUCCGAAGCUAGAUUCAAUCCUCACUUCCAUUCCAAUCGAAAAUAUUCUACGGAAGCAAAGAUUGCUCGCCAAUCCAUCUAUGAAGAAGGCCAUGCUGUUCCCACAGCCAGCCCAACCUAGGGACGCAUUCCAUCAGAUCCUAAACGGCCUUGCUCGCAAGUUGCCACACAUGCAGAGUGUAUACUUGCAACCAAGAGAGAAGCACCUCAACUGGACUGCUGGGCCUGCUGGAGAUCUGAAGCCUUGGUAG